GCAGCCGCGCCCGCCCGCUCCGCACUCGGCCGGCGCCGCGCGUCGAAGUUGGGCGGGCCGGGCGCACCAUGCCCCAGCUGCCGCCCGCGGGCGGCGACGACCUGGGCGCCCCGGACGAGCUGAUCCCCUUCCAGGACGAGGGCGACGAGCAGGACAAGGGCGCGGGGCGCGGCUCGGCCCACGGGGACCUGGACGAGCUCAAGUCCUCGCUGGUCCACGAGUCCGAGAACCGCCGCGCCAGCGCCUCGGGCUCCGACUCGGAGGCGGAGCGGCCGCCGCCGCCGCAGCCCCGCGAAAGUUUCCAGAAGCCGCGGGACUAUCUCGCCGAAGUAGUGAGAAGACAGCAAGAUGGAGGUUUCUUUAAGGGGCCCCCAUAUCCAGGUUACCCCUUCCUGAUGAUCCCAGAGCUGGGCAGUCCCUACCUGCCCAACGGAGCCCUGUCCCCUGGCGGUGCUCGCACAUACCUGCAGAUGAAGUGGCCGCUUCUUGAUGUUCCAGCUGGUGCUACGCUGAAAGACAGCAGAUCUCCAUCGCCCGCACACUUAUCGAACAAAGUGCCCGUGGUGCAGCACGCACAUCAUAUGCACCCACUGACCCCACUCAUCACGUACAGCAACGACCACUUCUCCCCAGGCUCGCCUCCUUCCCACCUCUCGCCAGAGAUUGAUCCAAAGACGGGAAUUCCACGACCACCUCACCCUUCAGAACUGUCUCCUUAUUACCCGCUGUCUCCUGGCGCUGUUGGCCAAAUCCCUCAUGCAUUGGGCUGGCUGGUACCACAGUACAGAUGUACGGCUGACAGGUCUGUUAUUCCCCAGAUCACCUGUAGAACCUUUUUACAAUGCAGGCAAGGACAGCCAGUGUACUCAAUUCCUCCUGGGGGAUUCAGACACCCAUACCCUGCUCUAGCUAUGAAUGCCUCAAUGUCCAGUCUGAUGUCCAGUCGGUUUUCUCCCCACAUGGUCCCGCCUCCCACGCAUGGCCUCCACCCUUCGGGAAUCCCACACCCCACCAUUGUCUCGCCCAUCGUCAAACAGGAGCCCACACAGGCCAGCAUGAGCCCCGGAGGGAAUUUGAAAUCCCCCGCCAGUGUGAAGAAGGAGGAGGAGAAAAAGCCCCACAUAAAGAAGCCGCUCAAUGCGUUCAUGUUGUACAUGAAGGAGAUGAGGGCCAAGGUGGUGGCGGAGUGUACGCUGAAAGAGAGCGCGGCCAUCAACCAGAUCCUGGGACGAAGGUGGCAUUCGCUGUCACGUGAGGAACAAGCCAAGUACUACGAGCUAGCCCGGAAGGAGCGACAGCUUCAUUCACAGCUCUAUCCCACUUGGUCUGCGCGGGAUAACUACGGGAAAAAGAAGAAGAGAAAGCGAGAGAAACAGCCCCAGCAGCAGAUCCAGGACACAGAGAGCUCUCUGGCCUCCAAGAGUAAAAAGCCAUGUGUGCAGUACCUGCCCAUUGAGAAACCCUGCGAUAGUCCUGCUUCCUCCCAUGGCAGCAUGUUGGAUUCGCCUGCCACCCCAUCAACAGCCUUGGCAUCGCCCGCUGCCCCAGCUGCCACCCACUCUGAACAAGCUCAGCCCCUCUCACUCACCACCAAACCGGAAGCCAGGGCCCAGCUGUCUCUCCAUUCAGCUGCUUUUCUGUCCAGUAAGGCUGCUGCUGCCUCCUCCAGCCUUAGCAGCCCGUCGCCUCUUCUCUCCAGACCCAUCCCGUUUGCCACAAUGACCCACACGGCUCUCUUGACCUCGCCGCCUUCCUUUCCGGCUGCCCUUCCUUCCCCGCAGGCUGCCCUGGCAGUGCUGCAGGCCCAGCCGCUCUCCCUGGUCACCAAGCCAGCUGACUAAGGAGGAGCCGCCCUCCCCAGCCACCCCUGCUGUACAUUGCUGAAGCCACAAUCGAGAUUCAAAAGCAGCCAAACCAUUAUUGGUCAAUAUUUGACCCUUUCUGAACUCUUUUGUAAGUGGACUCUGGAGGAAGGUGCUUUAUGCUCGGAGCUGUUUCCAGUAGUUGACCUAAAGACCGUUUUUAUUAAAAACAAACAAAAACCAAGAACAA